AUGUAUAUCAACAUUUUCUUCGGACCGAUGGACCGCCACUUGAACGAUGCCCACAUCGUUCGAAAUAUUCAAUCUCGUAUCGAGUCGCGUCAGGGCACCAUCACACUUUGGCCUGAACAAGCAGGCCAGCCUAACGUUUUCUCCAUUCAGGUCUCUGGAACUGACCAAAAGGCGAUGUGGAAUGAGGCUCUAUCGCAAGCAACCGUUUUUAUUCGUAAUCAGCCCACUCUAGGACUUCCUUUCAAGCGGGCCGAAGUCUUUUGA